AUGGCGGAGAUUGAUCCAAAUCUUGAGAGCAUACUCCCAGAAGUGCAUGCUAUCUUCAAUGAGAAAGCGACCGAAAAAGACCUUGCCACUAUCAAGAGGGUGAAGAAGAUUGAAGCUGACACCCGCCAGAUAGUGAAGAACCGCGAACUUGAGAUCAAGGAGGUUGUGCUCGCUCUGCAACAGCGAGUUGAGAAGGAGGAGAUUGCUGCAGAUGAUGAUCGGGAGCUUUCCGAGUCGGCAGAAGCGCUGAAAGUUCUAGAGAAACAACGAGAUGAGCUCGAGUCGUUCAUUGACGAGCUCUCUUCGAACAAGGAGAACACCAAAGUACAGAUCCAGUCAAUUCGUGAGGAGAUUCAACAAGUUCAGCACAAGAAGCAGCACGUCGACAAGGACAUGCAGGUUCAGUUGCCCCGCAACAAGGGCCUCCUAGCGCUCUAUAACAACAUCAGCAACGUCAGGUGGGACUCGGAGUCCAAGAACUGGAAAGGGGUAGUUGUGCCGGCAGAGAAUGAGCCAAGCCGUUCGAUCCGAUCGUUUGAAUUCGACCCGAUGACGAUGACUGAGUUUGAACUCUGCAAUGCUCUGUGGGAUAUGAUCGAAUAG